AUGUCUAUUGAAGCAUCAAUACUGAAAGAGAAAUCAUUACAUUCAAGAUUGUAUGAAUUGACUUUGACACCGUAUAUAGGUUUAACAAAUGCAGCAUGCAUUUUAUUGUCCCCAAUAAUAUCUCCAGCUGAAAAGUUAACUACAUCAGCCAUACCUCAACAAUCGUAUAGAACAAUCCUGCCCUCUAGUAGCACUCGAGUUCGGGAGCUAUUUAACGUUAAGAGGAAGCACGUUGGUUUGACAACCAGAAAUGCUUUGGUUUUCGGAGUUGCUAAUCUGGCUGGUUCAUGGAUGAUAUAUGACGAUGAUAUAGAAGACGGAAGUGGUUUCCUAAUGGCCUGGUCAGCUUUGUUCUUAAUAGUUAAUGGUAAAUCUUCAUUGACAGCUUUAAGAUACAGAAUGGUGUGGCCGUUGGUACUAAGCACGAUGGCACUAACUAAUGUGGGCCUCUACGGUAGACGUUUUAUCACAAGCUCAUUUAAGUGA